UAAUCGUUCAUUAUCGGCAGCGACGCGCGAUGGGCGACGGCAGCUUGAAAAUUACAAAGCAAUACCUAUAAUAUUUUGUUUCCAUGAUCAAAAAAUCAUUUUUUUUUAAGUUUUCAACUUUCGUAGUUUAACGUUUAAAUGUUUAAUGUUUAAUUACGUAUUGAUCUAAAGCUAUUCGCCGUGUCUAUCAAUAUUAUAAUUUAUAUUUAUUAAAUAUUUGUGCACAUUGUGGGAUUGCUGUCCUUCGAUUCUUAUAGUAAAAUAUGUGGUCAGUUGUCAAUUUUUCUGAUGACAAUGGAGUUGCAGUUGUGCCAUCAUUUUGGGUCAAAGAAAAUAAAUCUGCUUGGCCAAAAAAAAACGCAAAUCACUUUAUAAAACAAAGAUUAGUACCAAAUAAAUAUGAUUUUGAGUAUUUAUCAAUUAAAAAAAAAAUGUGCAAGGACUUAGAUGAUUAUUUUCAGGCUAAGGUCCGAGCAAAAAAGUCUGAAAAUACUUCGAACGUUUCAUCUUCGUCAUAUGAAACAGAUGAUGAAAUCAGAACUAGGCUAAAGAAGGCAACAAAAAAAGAAUUUAAUAAAAUGGCAAAAAUUCAAAACAAUAAAGCUAUUAAAAAACCAGCAUGGAGUCCAGAUUCCAUUAAAAGUCUAGAUACUCCACCGUCUAGGAACAAAGUAUUAUCGGGCAACAGAUCAGUUAAAAGACAAUUAGAUUUUUUUGAUGAGCUAUCUUUGAGCCCAGAGUUAAUACCAGCUGCCGAAGUACUUAAUGCACAAGAUGAUGUACAUGAAGUUAUUUAUACAUCCUCGUCGCCUUUUAAAGUUUCCAAGACCAGUGCUACAGCUGAUAACAUGGCAUUAGAUGCACAAGAUUAUACACAAGAAGUUAUUUAUACAUCCACAUCGCCUUUCAAAGUUUCCAGGACCAGUGCUACAGCUGAUAAAACGGCAUUAGACAUACUGAAUAAGAUAAAUAGAACCACAUUAAACACAUGGUAUGAAAUAAAGUCUAUGACCGAAAGAAUAGAAAAUAUUGAAAAAUGUAUGGCAAAUAAAACAAAUAUAAUUGAACUUCACGAAACAACAUUGCAAGGCAUUGAUCAUGUAUUACAGCACAUACUUUGUAAUUUACCGUUGAAAACAGAAGAGGAUCUUUCAAUAUUUGAAGAAAAAUUAAUUGAUAUUCAGAUAAAAAAGAAAAUGGUAGAAGAAUUGUCACGGUUAGCUCGCAACAACAUAGGAGGUACAGUUAGAACAAUGUUGAGAUUUAUUUUUACUGAUGAAUUACUAAAGGAAUUUAGUUAUAAAGGACAAAAAAAGAAAAAGGUGUUCUCGGUCUUGGCCACAUGUUCCUUAAUAUUCGAGUCAAUAAAUAAAAUUGGAAAGUUUCAACAUUGCAAUACAAUUGAUGUUGAAACACCGAUGAAAAUUUUUAUUGCUGGCGCCAAAUUCCGUCUAAAUCAACCUUAAUGUUUAAUUAAUUGUACAAUUAUUAAUAAAAAU